AUAAAUUCUUAUUAUCCUCGGUAGACAAUGAAAAGAACGUGUAAAGUAGACCGGAUUAGAAGCCGACAACCGACUUCUGUUACCGUGUCCUACACGUCUUUAACUCAUUUUUUCUCUCUAUCUUCGCCACUAAUCACACUUCAUGCAUGGCUCAUGGGAACGAUGACGAAGCGGCGUCGCUUUAAGCCUAUGUCAAGCUACAACGUAAACGCUGAAGACCGAUCAAACCAAACCGUAGUCGCCGAUCUUGACGGAACCCUAACAUCCUCCUCGAGACCACUCCUCUACUUCUUCCUCGUUGCACUCAAAGCAGGAAGCUUGCUUCGUGCGUUGAUCUUACUCGCGUCCGUACCACUCGUGCACCUCACGUAUCUCUUCGUCUCCGAAAGCCUCGCCGUCAAAGUCGCAGUCUUUAUCACAUUCGCUGGCCUUAAGCUCGGCGACGUCGAGCACGUGGCCCGCCACGUCUUAGCAAGAGUCUACGAGAAAGAGUUGAAGCGGGACACGUGGCGUAUUUUCGAGGCGUUCGGGAAACGGUACAUUGUGACGGCGAGUCCUAGGGUCAUGGUCGAGCCGUUCGCUAAGAACUUUCUUGGCGCUGAUAAAGUUAUUGGUACGGAGCUUGGGUUCACAAGGUUUGGUUGGUUAACCGGUUUCGCUAGAAAACCGGGUGUCAUGUUGGGUAAGCAGAAACGCGACGCCGUUUUGAAGGAGUUCAGUGGUGGUGGUGGUGGGAUUGGCUUACCUGAUUUGGGGCUGGGUGAUAGCCAGUCAGAUUACGCUUUCAUGUCUCUCUGCAAGGAGGCUUACAUGGUGUAACGGACAACAUAUGUGUCAUACAGUGUCUAUGUUACUUGCCUUGCAAUGCGACAAUAAUGUUAAUUUCUAAGUAAUUACGUGUGGCAAAAUGCUAAUUCUAAUAAAAUUAUCCGACUACUGUUUUUGUUUCCGAUAUUUUACUACAGAGAUUUCGAAGCCAAUAUUAAUUCUUGGUUGUGUUUAGGCCUUUAGGGUAUGACUUGAUAUAUAUAGUUUGUGUCACGUGAAAGGUUAUAUGUUUCCAUUUUAGAACUCUCGGACCCCAAUUUUACUUUUACUAUUUUCCAAAUUCCUGUUUUGGUUUUCACUGUGUAAAUGUUAUUUAAGGAAACUUUCCUUGUUUUUAUUUGGCUCAAUUAAAAGUUGCCAUAAUUAUCUCUAAUUCUACUUAUAUUAUACAUUUUCCGGACGACGUCACGUCCAUGCUGAUGUUUUAGUUUGCUUCCUUUCUUCAAUUGUCCCAAUAAAACUUUUUGAUGAUUAGUAGGGGAAAUAAAAUUUAAUUAGAUUAAUGUAAAAAAUCGUUAAUUAGUAAUUUAGUAUAGAUAACAAUCUACAUAUUAUAAUAAGACAGUUUCAUCACUCCCAAAGCACGUCAUCAGAUUUGUGGGGCCCAGCCUUUAGUUUUUUUUUUUUCUUCUGUCGAGUGGGUUUCGUUUUUAAAGGCGUGAGCUUUGCUGGGCCUUCACUUUCAUGAGACGCUGGGUGUGUUCGUCGGGGGUCGAUAGGGUUGCCGUCUUCCGCUAGAUCUUUCAAUCGAGGGCUCUUCCUCUUCCCCUUUUGUUAUUACUCCAUCAUUAUGAACCGAUCUUCGAUGUUGUCGCGAUUCCUCUUCCUGUAACGCCUUUCCGUUCCUAUAUAUCAAGAUCGUCUGCGGUUCUGAGAAUCUGAGAGAGGUUUUCGAAAUCUUAAAGGCAGGGGAGGUUUUCGAGUCUCUGGCGAUCCCUCUGAUGAAGCUGGUAUGGUUGAAAACUUUGGAGAUGGAGAGCUAAGGGAAACUUUCCAGUUUCAUCUUCAAUACUUAAAGACAUCAUCAUAUGGAUACUGCCCAAAAUGGCGCCAGGUCUGGUGAUCUGAUCCACCGUUCAAAGAUUAAAACUUGCCCCAUGAUUGAUUGAUUCUUUGAUCUUUAUAUGUUUCUACCAUACCAACAAGAUGGCUAUCUCUCCAUCAAAACCUCAGACAAGCUCACGGAGUUUCACCAGAGCUUUGGCAUUAGCAUAAGAUUAGCAUAAGAAUUAUGUUAGGUGACUUAAUUCGAGUGGCUACUCACCCUCAUGCUCUUCAUCAACUCCAUCUUCUCCUACGUGAUCACAAGAUUCCGCAGAUCACUCCGAGCUCCAAUCUCCAUGUCUGAUGUGCUCUCAACAACAAAUCCGCCAAGGAAUAGGUUUACGUCCACUUUGGGUGAGAGUCUUGUGUAUGAUAAAGAAGAAGCUAGAGAGCUGUUUGUUUAGGAUCUCCGUUUGUUAUUGUUCUACUUCUACCAUCGGCGUACUUGUCUAAUAUGUAUUUGAUGAUUAUCUAAACCCAUUUCUGAGUACACUACCUUUUGGAUCAUCUCAUAUGAUAACUUGAUUAUCUCA